UCAAAGAGUCUGUAAAGAUUGUCCAGAACUCCAACAUCUUCUGAACAUGAGACCCUUUUUAUCUGUUUUUCACGCCAAAGCCCAUGACUUAAAAUGUGAGGUUAAAUGGAGUGGGGCUUACCAGGAAAAUGCUGGCUCUACACUAGGUGAGGAGGUAGAACAGUGCAAUGCCUUCCUUUCCAGGAUUGCUGUGACUACGAAACACAUGUCAAAAGCAGGACGUGCAGACAUGUUGACACUCUUGUCAUUGAAAUGGAACAAGCAGAAAUUUCAAAAUAUGGCCUCUUCACUAACCCAGAGAUAUCAGAAGACUUGUAAAGCUCUCCAAAGUCAACUAGAGAAUCUGGACUCCCUGAAAGCCCAGUUGGCAGUUGCAGAGAGCCAGCUAGAAGACUGGGUUAAUGAUGUUAAGGAGUGGGCUGAAGCAACAACUGCCAAUCAAGAUGCCACACCCCAGGCUCUGUGCAGCAAAAUUGAAGCCCUGGUAACAAGCAUAAAGACACGCUCACAACGUCUUUACAAACAAACAGACAGCAACAAGGGUCGGCAUAGAAUACGGCGAAAAAUCAGGGAGGAGAAGAGGACAUUGGCUGCUCUGGUGGAACAGUACAACAGAAUUGCUCCAUCUAACCGAACUUUGUGCAUGGAUGCCAUUAUCUACCAAGAAACACCAUGGCCUUGGCAACUACCAUGCAAUGAUUCUGUCGAUUUAAGGACAAAGAAAAUGGUGUUUGACAACAUCAUGGCUGUGAGAAGACUGAAAGAAGAGAAGCAGAUAUUGGUGAGGGAAAUGGAUCAACAUUGGAAGUUUCUGACAGCUCGUGCAGACACCCUGAAGGAGCUAACAUUCCUCCUGGUUUCUGAUCAGCCAAUAAAGAAUUCCCAGUGGAGUCUGACAGAGGAAGGUUCCAAAGGACUUCUGUGUGUCAUCCGGAGAAGGCUGUGGUAA